AUGGCCCUGGGUUUUCCAGCGGGCGUCCAGGCGGGGUCAUGGCCAGCCCCUCAGCUUGCGCCCGCUGAGCCCCGCCCCCCGCCAGCCCCACCUUCAGGAGGAACACACGCCGCCCCUCCCCCGGCAGCCACUCCGCCAGCUGCCCCGCCCGAGCCGCCAUCGUUCGACACCCGCGCCUCCGGGAACGUGACGGCGCUGUUGGGCGGGACGGCGACGCUGAGGUGCCGCGUCACGAACCUCGGGAACAAGACGGUGUCGUGGAUCCGCCACCGGGACCUGCACCUGCUGUCCGUGGGCCGCUUCACCUACACGUCUGACCAGCGGUUCGUGGCCCGUCACGCCGCCGCCGCCGCCGCUCAGGAGUGGCUGCUGAUCAUCCACCACCUGCAGGCGCGGGACGCCGGCCUCUACGAGUGCCAGAUAUCCAGCACGCCGCCGCGCAGCCACCUCAUCCACCUGGCCGUCGUGGAGCCCGAGACCGCCAUCGUUGGGGGCCCGGACGUGUACCUCAACACCGGGAGUCAGCUGGCGCUCACCUGCACCGUCAGGUUCAGUCCCGAGCCGCCCGCCUUCAUCCUCUGGUACCACGGCGACAAGCUGGUGAGCUACGAGAGAACAAGAGGCGGGGGCAGAGGAGGAGGAGGCACCAGCAGCACCAGCAGUAGUAGUAGUGGAAGCAGAACCAAUAGUAACAACAGCAACAGUAGUAGUAGUAGUAGUAGUAAAAGUAGCAACACAACCUCGAGCACAAAUAGUAGUAGUAGUAGUAGUAGUAGCGGCGUCACCUCCUCCCGCCUGCUGGUCCAGUCGGCGCGGCUCUUCCACUCCGGCGUGUACACCUGCGACCCGGAGAACGCCCGGCCCAGGAGCGUGAACGUGCACGUGCUGGCCGGUGACCAGCCAGAAGCCAUCGUCCACGACAACGGAGGAAGGAGUCUUCCUCCUCCUCCUCACCUUCUCCUCUUCCUUCUCUUCCUCCUUCCCUCCCUCUCGUCUAAGCUCCUCCUCCUCCUCUUCCAAGCCCACUGAUGUUCACUUUCAAUUUUCCUCCUCCUCCUCGUAAACGUUUUUUCUCCUUACACUUUUUCACUCAUUUUCUUCUCUUCCUCCUCUUCCUUCUCUUUUCCUUCCUCCUGUCCUCCCUCCUCCCUCCCCUCAUCCUUCACCCUCUCGCUCCUUCAUUCCAUUACACUUCAUCCUCUUCCCUUUAUUUGCUUUCCCUCCCUCAUUCCUUAGUCCCUCACACCCCACAUGACACUUCACCCUUCGCUCCUCUCUCACUCCGUCACACCUUCACCCCCACCUCCUCACUCCAUCACCCCUUCACCCCUCCCUCCUCACUCCGUCACCCCUUCACCCCUCCCUCCUCACUCCGUCACACCUUCACCCCUCCCUCCUCACUCCAUCACCCCUUCACCCCUCCCUCCAUCACCCCUUCACCCCUCCCUCCUCACUCCGUCACCCCUCCCUCCAUCACCCCUUGACCCCUCCCUCCUCACUCCGUCACACCUUCACCCCUCCCUCCU